AUGGAGUUACCUCUAUCGGUGGAGGCGAGUGGUCACAACGGUCAAAGGAGUCUCCUUGGCCGCGGCUCCAUGUUCGUGUUUUCGACGGAACACUUUAAAAAACUAUUGAACAUCACGUCGGAUGCAAAAUUCGGUUCUUUGUUGGAUAUCGGCGCAGGAGAUGGAGCCACAACAGAGAGGAUGGCUCCCUUCUUCGAGCAAGUCAGCACCACGGAGAUAUCUCCACCCAUGAGAUGGGCCUUGGCUAAGAAACAGUUCCGAGUGCUGGAGCUGACGGACUGGGCCGGGCACAAGUUCGACGUCGUCACCUGUUUGAACGUCCUGGAUCGAUGCGACUCCCCGCUCUCGCUCCUCGAGCAGAUGAAACGGGCCCUCAACCCCGGCGGCGUCCUCAUUAUCGCCCUCGUCCUCCCUUACAUUCCAUACGUAGAAACAAAUAAAUCCUUAGCGCCUAGUGAAAGACUGCCCCUCGAAGGUGAUACCGCAGAAGAGCAGAUCAAUGGUUUUGCUGCCUUCCUCUCAUCUCUUGAUUUAAAAAUUUGGCGGUGGACCAAAAUGCCGUACAUUUCCGAGGGAGAUAUAGAGCAAGCUUAUUACUGGCUUGAUGAUUAUAUUUUCCUCAUUGCGCCUACCUCAUGA